AUGGUAGAGAGGCACCUCAGUGUUAAAAAUGCGUCACAAACUCAAGGCAAUAUACAACCUGUACAACAACCUGUACAACAACAACAACCUGUACAACAACAACAACCUGUACAACAACAACAACCUGUACAACAACAACAACCUGUACAACAACAACAACCUGUACAACAACAACAACCUGUACAACAACAACAACCUGUACAACAACAACAACCUGUACAACAACAACAACCUGUACAACAACAACAACCUGUACAACAACAACAACCUGUACAACAACAACAACCUGUACAACAACAACAACCUGUACAACAACAACAACCUGUACAACAACAACAACCUGUACAACAACAACAACCUGUACAACAACAACAACCUGUACAACAACAACAACCUGUACAACAACAACAACCUGUACAACAACAACAACCUGUACAACAACAACAACCUGUACAACAACAACAACCUGUACAACAACAACAACCUGUACAACAACAACAACCUGUACAACAACAACAACCUGUACAACAACAACAACCUGUACAACAACAACAACCUGUACAACAACAACAACCUGUACAACAACAACAACCUGUACAACAACAACAACCUGUACAACAACAACAACCUGUACAACAACAACAACCUGUACAACAACAACAACCUGUACAACAACAACAACCUGUACAACAACAACAACCUGUACAACAACAACAACCUGUACAACAACAACAACCUGUACAACAACAACAACCUGUACAACAACAACAACCUGUACAACAACAACAACCUGUACAACAACAACAACCUGUACAACAACAACAACCUGUACAACAACAACAACCUGUACAACAACAACAACCUGUACAACAACAACAACCUGUACAACAACAACAACCUGUACAACAACAACAACCUGUACAACAACAACAACCUGUACAACAACAACAACCUGUACAACAACAACAACCUGUACAACAACAACAACCUGUACAACAACAACAACCUGUACAACAACAACAACCUGUACAACAACAACAACCUGUACAACAACAACAACCUGUACAACAACAACAACCUGUACAACAACAACAACCUGUACAACAACAACAACCUGUACAACAACAACCUGUACAACAACAACCUGUACAACAACAACCUGUACAACAACAACCUGUACAACAACAACCUGUACAACAACAACCUGUACAACAACAACCUGUACAACAACAACCUGUACAACAACAACCUGUACAACAACAACCUGUACAACAACAACCUGUACAACAACAACCUGUACAACAACAACCUGUACAACAACAACCUGUACAACAACAACCUGUACAACAACAACCUGUACAACAACAACCUGUACAACAACAACCUGUACAACAACAACCUGUACAACAACAACCUGUACAACAACAACCUGUACAACAACAACCUGUACAACAACAACCUGUACAACAACCUGUACAACAACCUGUACAACAACCUGUACAACAACCUGUACAACAACCUGUACAACAACCUGUACAACAACCUGUACAACAACCUGUACAACAACCUGUACAACAACCUGUACAACAACCUGUACAACAACCUGUACAACAAGAAGUGCAUUUCCAAGAAUGCUGA